AUGGGAAGAAGUGGUCCGCGAAAGGGGAGGAGUGCACUCUGGAGAAGGGUGUGGCGGUCAAUAUCUCCUGCGACCGGAUACGAACAAUUUACAGAUGAAGUUGAACUAGAAAGUAUGACUCCUCCAAGCCCUUCUACGUCUGCUGAUGCUGCAGAUGGUAAUGCAGAUCAGGCCAGCCGUGAAGAUCCUCAAGGGCAGCGAGUUAAACAUAAGACGCGUGUGCCAGUUGGAGUCGCGAAUUCUGCGCACUACAAGAACCCGAACCAGUACUAUGAUUUUCCACUUCUUGGAAACUCCUUCCAGCAGUCGAGCAUACUAGAUUUUCUGAAGCAGGAGUUUUAUGCCCUCAUGUCUGGCGUGGACUAUCGUCAUUUGAAACGCGAUGUAGCAUGUGUAGCUGAAGAGAUGAUUUUGGCUGUGCUGGCUGAAGCGGAAGACACAGGCAUACCAAACGGCGAAACAACUCGAUUUAUGUUUGAGAUGAAGAAGCCAAAAGGCGUGAACAGCAAAGGCGGAGUUCGGCUAGAAGUCUACGCUUCAAAGGCCGCAGAUUUUGACUUAAUGGUAGGUCAAUGA